AUGGAUAAUCGAAAGUACAUAGACAACGAACUAACGGGGGACUGGAUAUGCUCGGACGAAAAAUGCGGGAUUGUAAACUCGGCUCAGAGAACACACUGUAACCGAUGCAACAGAGUCAGGCCAAAAAGCACAAUGAAAAGAAAUCCCAAACAGGUGCUUUUCAAAGCGAACGAUUGGAAGUGUGACGAAUGCGGCAACAUUAAUUGGGCCAAGAGAGAAAAAUGUAACAUGUGUAGUAAGGCGAAGUUCCAAAAAAAGGGAAGCGACCCCAAGUGGAGUAAAGAAGUACGGACUGGCAAAGGUGGAGGCCACUACGACAUUCAGGGAAGUAACGAAAAGAGAGUCCAUGACUCGGACGACGAAGAGUAUGAUGAGUUUGGUCGGAAGAAGAAGAGGAAGAUAGUAGAUAAGGAUGUCAAAAAUGAUAAGGAUAAAGGCGAUAAUGACCCGACCAGGGACGCAAGUGGCUACAACAACAGAAGAGAGACUUUCUACUCAAAGGACACGUACAGAAAGAGACACGUUGAUCACUCCCGGUCAAGGAGUUUCCCCUCAAAUAAUUACCAAAGAGGUGGAGGUGGAGGCGGCUAUUACAAGAGCCACUACGACCGCAGGAAGGAGAACGGGGGUUACAGUGCCGGUCGGUACGAUGGAGGCAGCAGGCAUGAUGACCGAAGCAGACAUGAUGACGGAAGAAGAUACGAUGAAGGCAGCAGGCAUGAUGAUCGAAGUAGACACGAUGAUCGAAGCGGGCCUGGUGACCGAAGCAGACACGAUGACGGAAGAAGAUACGAUGAUGAAGGCAGCAGGCAUGAUGAUCGAAGUAGACACGAUGAUCGAAGCGGGCCUGGUGACCGAAGCAGACACGAUGACGGAAGAAGAUACGAUGGAGGCAGCAGGCAUGAUGAUCGAAGUAGACACGAUGAUCGAAGCGGGCAUGGUGACCGAAGCAGAUACGAUGAACGAAGUAGAUACGAUGACGGAAGAAGACACGAUGAGCGAAGCAGAUACGAUGGCCGAAGCAGACAUGAUGAGCGGAACCGCCAGGGCGGCAACCGGCACGACGACAGCAGCACGCACGAGCGAAAACCGAACUACGACAGUGAUAGGCGGCACUAG